AUGGAUGAACAAAUUAUACAAGACUGGCUUGCAGAGAGUUUACCUACAAGUUCUGACGAUAUCAGUCGCUAUGCAAGUUCAUUAAAACAUAACACAGACCUUAUAAGAACUCUUUUUUUUAUUCUCGAUGAACAUAAAAAGUUUCACAGUCUUAUUGAGCCUAUUAGCAAGCAGUUAUUUAAUUUUUAUAGAUCAAAAGAACCAGAACUGAAAAUUUUUACUCUUCAGUUUUUACCAAAUUUGAUUUACAUGUACUUAAAUUCUGUUUCAAAAGGAGACAAAAAAAGUUACCAUAGUGUAGAAACACUUUUAAUUGGCAUUUAUAACCUUGAAGUUGUCGAUGAUACUGGACAACCUUCUGUUGUGACAUUUCGGUUACCUUCUUUGGCUCAGGCUUCUAUAUUUCAUGAACCAAUGAGUCUUGCCCAUGUAUCCUUAACUGAAAGUGCUUUGAGAAGAUUAGAAGAAUGUAAUACAAAACUAAUUAGUUGGGGUCCUCAUCCUCAGAUUGAAUUACUGAAUGCCCAAAAUCGAUUACGUACUAUUACUAAAUUAUUAUUUAUUUAUAAUCGUCACAUUGGUUUAUUUAAUAAAUUAUCAUUAAAUUACCUGUGUAGUGUUUCAUCCAGACUUGCCUCCCAAGGAUUCAAUACAAAUAUUUCAAAACCGAAAAUUCCAAAUUCCGAAGGCUCAAAAUAUGAAAAAACAACAAGAAUUCCAGUAUCUUUUCAAUUUUUUUUAGAGUUGUUGUGCGGUUUAUACUAUGCAAUGUAUAAUGGUUAUGGUCAAUUAGCUAUGAAAGCUGUUGAAGAUGUGUACAAUCGUAGUUGUUAUGAAUGUUAUUCUAACGUUAUAGCUGUUGCUAAUGCGAUUAAAAAUUCUUCGCAAGUCACAUCGAGCAGUAAAGACAAUGAAGGUCCCAUGGGUAUUAGUGUGGCUUUAUCACCUACAACUACUACUGUUACCACAGUAAAUAAAUUUAUGAUAACAAAUGCAUCGUUUCGAACUAAGAAAUUACCUGAUGACAUUCCAAUUAUUCAAAAGCAAGAUUCUGCUACGGAUUCAGACGUUACCAAACCUCCUCUCACAUCCAUUACGGAAGAAAAAGAAGACACGGGAUUUUCAUUGAGAGGAAGUUCGGGACGUAGUAAAAAUGCAAUGGCGAAAAAUCUUCAAAAAUUAGGUAUAGGUAAAAAGUUAAAAGAUAGAGAUUCGAAAACAUCGUCGAAAAGUUUGACAGGAAUGAGUAAUUCGGGUCCGGAUAAUAAUAAAAAGACGACGACCGUUCAUUCCUCCAGCAUAAAAGAAAAAUUGACGCAGAAGUCAUCUGGAAGUUUACAAAAUGGAGAUUUUUCAAUACCUGACGGUAGUAGUCACAAUUCCGUGGGACAAAAAAAAACGAUAGAAAACGGUUCGGUGACGGAAGAAACCGGGGAUGGGGGGAAGGAUAACGAAGGGGGUGAUGUUAAUUACGAAUAUCAACCGGGAUUAUUAUCGGAUACGGUGGAUAAUCAUACGCCAUCAUCAUCGAACGAAGAAACCAUCGGAUUAUUCGGAACGAUUAAAAAUACCGAAGAAAAGCCUUUCACUCGUGUUAGUUCAGUAUAG